CUCUAUACAAUAUAGACCUAUGCUUUUCAGGAAUCCAGAUCUAACAGGACUAGAACUAGAGCUGGUGUCGCAGGCCGGGCUCACGCCGUGAGCGCUCAGAAUCGCGACUGUCAGGCAGAUAGUAGAAGCAGCAGUGCAGGUGUAGAGCAUUCAUACGCUUCUACUUAUUUACGUAGGGUUACCCAGCAGCAAGUGGGCCAAAAGGACCGCAAUACUGUAAAGCGCGAAGGACGACGUUUCGAGGCUCCUUAACGCCAUAUUGCUUCAUUCAGAAGGCAACACCCAACGAAUCAAGCCGGAUUCCUUCCCCAGACGCCACGCCAUGCGUGGCUCGGGGUCUCCCGCCCGCCACUGGGUUCAGUGUGCGCUGGCAUGUGCGGUGGCCCUCCUCUCCGCCCACAGCGCCUUCGCGGGUCCGCUAGCGGGCACGCAAUUCCCCUUUGAACCGUGCCGGAAGACGCCCGGCAACAGCCGAUUCGACGUUUUCCUUAAAAACAACACGUACGACCCAAGCAGCCAGAGCAGCCAAGUCUGCGUCCAGUUUGAGGUGAAGCCAGCGGACGAGUGCGACCCCAUGGGCAACAGGUGCUGCGACACAUACUUCAACAAGUUCAAGUUCUAUCCUGGCCCCAACUGCCGCCGCGCCAUGAGCUCGGUGAAGCUCCAGCUGAGCGAUGGCAGCACGCAGACCCGCGGCUCCAUCUACUACGAGGACUCGGGCGACAGGUUCAUCGGAAAGAUCACUACGUUGCCGUUCAACCUGCAGAAUGCCAACGGGGCUGUGCUGUGCUGGACGCUGACGGCGCCUUGCCCCACCCUGUUUGAGUUCACGCACCCGGCCACCCGCGAUAAGGGGCUGUUUGAGAUCGCGCUGUACGACCACAAGAUGGACAACUAUGAGUGCUGCCCGCUGGCGGCGCUCCCCAACGGAGGCAACUACACCUUCCCGCCCUCGCCUCCUUCGGAGCCGCCGUCGCCGCCCAAGCCCCCCAGCCCCUCCCCGCCCAGCCCCCGCCCGCCUCCCUCUCCGGCACCCCCCAGCCCCUCCCCGCCCAGCCCCCGUCCACCUCCCUCUCCAGCACCCCCCAGCCCCUCGCCUCCGUCUCCCCGCCCGCCGUCCCCUUCUCCCUCCCCUUCACCUUCUCCCUCUCCCUCGCCUUCACCUUCGCCCUCCCCUUCACCUUCUCCCUCGCCUUCUCCCUCGCCUUCUCCCUCGCCCUCUCCUUCGCCUUCUCCAUCACCUUCUCCCUCGCCUUCUCCCUCGCCCUCUCCUUCGCCUUCUCCAUCACCUUCUCCCUCGCCGUCUCCUUCGCCCUCUCCUUCUCCAUCUCCCUCCCCUUCUCCUUCUCCUUCUCCCUCUCCUUCUCCUUCUCCUUCUCCUUCUCCCUCCCCUUCUCCCUCUCCUUCUCCCUCCCCUUCUCCAUCUCCUUCGCCCUCUCCCUCGCCCUCUCCCUCGCCUUCCCCCUCCCCUUCGCCCUCUCCCUCGCCUUCCCCCUCCCCUUCGCCCUCUCCCCGGCCCUCUACCCCCACCGGCGGCGCCGAAUACACUGGCCCCGCCGCCACCCUGUCUCGGGCCACCAGCCGCUACCAGGUGUUCCUGGCAAAGGCUGCGCCUUUCGACAUGGCGCGCGCGCGUUGCGGCCGCGGCGGCGGUGUGCUGGCGUCCCUGCCGUCCGCAUCGGAGUGGCAGUCGGUGGAGGCGCAGCUGCAGACCGCGAACAUCUACAGGGACGGCGCCACUCGCGCGGUGCUGUGGAUUGGUGUGGACCCGGUGUCGCUGGGCGUGUGGCUGGACGGCACCACCGUCAGCUCCUGGCCCGCAAACAGCGGCAGCCAGCAGGCGGGUAUGUGCUACGCUGCCAACUGCCCCAGCAACGGCCAGCCGUGCACCUGGGACGCCCUGCCGUGCGACAGCACCGCCGUUGACGGCUUCAUCUGCGAGAUUGACACGAACGCGGUGUCGUACGCGCUGGGUGUGCCCGAGACCGGCUCCACCUACGUGUACUCCAACACCACCAUCUUCUCCCGCUCCGCCGCCACGUUCUGCGGCCGCCUGGGCGGGCUGCUGUUCAGCGCCAACACCCAGGACGAGUUCAACCGCGUGGUGGCACCCAUUGUGAACGGCCAAGUGCCGGUCAAUACCAACCGCAACCCCAACGGCUCUGGCCCCGGCCGCUACCGAUACUGGCUGGGCAUUGCCGACGCCGAAGCCACCAAGUGGGUCGACGGCAGUGACGUUACGUUCUCGCGAUUCACGGAGACCGGCGCGCCGGGCUGCUAUGACAUUGAUUGCCCCGCCGGCCCGGGCGCGUCAGCAUCGCUCACGCCAGCGGAUUGCGUGUGGGAGCUGGCGACAGGUUGCCUGCGCCUGUACAACUUCAUUUGCGAAAUUCCAGGCGUGCUCGAGGGCCCGUCCGGGCCCCUGUAAGGAGCGCGGAUGGUAUGAGUAGUAGCGGGCAUGACUGGCUUUGUUUGAGAGUAGGCAGCGGCCCGACGUCUGGACGGCUUAUCUGCUAGCUGCAUGACUGAGCGGCGUGCAUUCGUGUUGCGCGCAUUGAUACGAGUUAAAACCGGAGCGCGUUGAACCAUUAAGAACGCCCGUUCCUCUAUUUCUCUCUUCAGCGCAUGCACUGCGGUUGUUUCUUUGUUUUUUUACACAUGGACGUACCGAGGAUUAUGGGGAUCUGUGGGCAUGUGAUGGUCUGCUGUUACGGUUGUGGUCGGGAAAUGUGCGUGCAGGGCGGUGUCGCGACGGACUUCGUUUCAGCGGCCUUUUAUUGGUUUCACCGGGGUACAGGGGGUUGUGACCCGAUUUGCGUGGGAGUUUGAGCUGCAUUUCUCGUGCGGCGUACCUCUUCCUUCAUCGUCUAGACGCGUAGCAGGGCUGUUUGGCGGCGGCCGAGUUGUUUUUGGUCUGCUGCGGUUGUAGGUUGUAGGUUGCAGGGCCGUAGCUGCCACGGCGUGUGUAUAGCGGUUUGUAGGGCAGCAGCGCAGGAUAGGUCCAGCUUAAUGAUAUUAUGAGACUUCUGAUGUCACACACGGACUAGACAGCACAGCACACACGUGCGCUGCACACACAUCGACAAAACACAAUCUUCCUCAACUGCCGUACCCGAGAAUACUCGGGAUGUGGGACGUGGCAUGGCUUCUUCCCCGUGGUGUAUGAUAAGUCGGACAUGCGCCUAAUUGCACAGUGCGCACUCUGUCUGCGUGUGCAUGCAUCGCACUGAUUCAUAAUCCAGGACGGUACGCUGAGCAUAUCAUCUGCAAGCAUGAGCCGGUGGGGGCAUUAUUGUUACAUAACUGCUCAAGGUGUCCUUGUAAGGACGCGAGUCC